AGCCGUUCCGGCUAAAGUUUUAUCCGGUUGGUGAGCUUGAGCUGGCCGUUGGCGAACACUGGGGGCUGCGCGUGGAUGGAAUUUGGCCUCCUACCGCGCUUGCGCCACUCGCGUCCGCGCAUUGGCGCGCCCCUCCUCGUGAUGGCGGUGCUCGCGCCGGCCCUCCGUUGCCCGCCGCCGGCCGCCACGGCCGCCCUGCGUUGGGCCGUUCGCAGUGGAGCGGCGCCGCCGCCGAGCCCGUUCGAAAAAAUCCGGCGAUCGAGCGGGCAGGCCCGUUGCUCUGACGGGUGGGGAGCGCCCGACGCGGGGCGCGCAGGCGCAGCGCUUGAUGCAGCCUUGGAGGCUUCUGGCAGGUACGAGGCACUCCCAAGCGAGUUCGAGCCCUUGGGCCCCAGAGGCUGCGCAUUGCUCGAGCACGAGUUGUCGCUGGAGCUCUUGGUCGGCUACGAGGCGAUGUUGGCUAGGGCCCGGAGGGAGCUGGAGGUGUGCCACCCUGGGGACCACGUUCUCUUCAGCGUGUUCGUGUUCGAGCCUGGGGAUACAAGUGAGAAGCUGAUCGCAGAGCUUGCGGCUGCCGCGAGGCGCGGUGUCAGGAUCACGCUUCGCACCGACACUAGCGCAUUCAGUUGGUUCACCCGGUUCUGCGAGGGAACUACGACCUUGAUAGACAGGCUCCAGGAUUUGAGCCAGUCCAUGCCAGAACACGUCGCGUUCGAGCCUCCGGACUUCCCGACGCACGUGAAGUUGUUGCUUUUCCGCAGAAGGGGCCAGGCUGACGUGGCGAUAUUCGGCGGCAUCAACGUAGGCGAUCGGUUCCGCAGCUGGAGGGAUUUUUCGGUCGUGGUGUCUGGAGACCGGGGCGUCGACGCCCUGCUAGAGUCGCUCGACUGGCCCCGCCCACAGCGGGGGCCGGGGGAGGCCCUGGGUCUUCGGCGGCUUCAGUUCGUCACCAACAAGCCCGAUGCCUGGGACUGGCCUGCGUGGCUUCUCCGCCGCCCGUUCGCGGGAGUCUUCGACCUCGGGGCACGCAUGGAGCGGUUCUUCGCGGAUGAAGGUUUGGUCAGGUACCGCGUCGUGGCGUCGUACAUCGACGAUUCGGGGCUCGAGUUGUUGGCAUGCGCGUUGUCUCGGGGCGCAAGCGUGCAGCUGGUACUGCCACGCAUGCCGAACGUGUACAAGGAUCGUCGCUCAUGAGCAGGGCUCGCCUGGCCCGCUUCUCCAGCAAUCAACCUCCCUCCCCAAGUCUGGUUUCCCCCUCCCCCUCCCUCUAGGCGGCUCCCGUGGAUGGGGUAAGUGUGUCCGGUUGUUCGUUCGCUUGCUUCUUGUUCCCUCGAGAGGACUGCAACGCGCGCACGCUUGGCUUGCUCGUGAGUCGUUGGAAGGGUUGCGGCUUGCUGACUCUCAAAUUGCACGAGGAGAUGGUGCAUGCCAAGGCGGCCGUGGCAGAGGGAGGGGGAGGCCCGAGAAACCGCGCAGGCUACAUUGGCUCCUGCAACCUCAAGAGGCGCAGCUUCUCCCAGUUCGAGGAGCUCAACGCGUUCACUGAGGACCAGGUCUUUUGUGGCUCUCUCUGGCAUGAACUGGGCGUGCUGCUGGAGGAGGCCGAGGAGGUGUUUUCGCACCGAGAACUGCCUUUCUCGCCCGUGACCGCAGUCUUGGAGGAUUAUUUCGGAUGACCCCGCAGUUGGUUAAAAGGGGACAGGAGACAGCCACUGACACUGCGAAAGAUGAUGUGAAGAUAUCGCUUGUUCGGAAGAGGUCUUGACAUCAUUUCGACUUGGUUGGCUUGUCGCGUUCCAUUCGAGCGUGAAGGCUGCACACCUUUGGCAUGUCUUGAACCAGUGGCGGACGCGGGCGAGCUAACGGCUGACCUGGGGCACUGCGAUUCUAAGCCUUGGUUAUAUCGGCCGUGCCGCGUUUAUUCCCAAUAUGCCUCGCUCUCUGGAUAUGUGAUUCUUGGUUGGAACAGCGCGCGCCACGACGAUACUCUUGCGGCCCAA